AUGGCGCCAAUCACUGAAUUCUCGCUCUUUCAGCAACUCCCACCAGAGAUAAGGAUCAAGAUAUGGGAGCUUUUAUCACCUCCCACUCGUGUGAUUGGACUGUUACCUCCAGCAACAACUGCUCCACCAAUUACCCAUCGUCGAGUUCAGAGAGAGGUCGUUACAAAUAUCCACCCCUGCCAUUAUCGUUAUAUUGUGCAGCCCAAGAGUCAAGCUAUAUUUCCACCGCUUCAUGUAAACCGAGAGGCUCGGGCUGUCUGGCUGCCAAGGUAUUUUCAGCCACAACGCACUUAUCAAGCCUCAGGGCUCAAUAUUCACUUCGAUACACCCUUUAUCAGCUACAGCACAGAUGUUUUUACGAUAUUUGCUGCAUGGCCGUUGGACGGUAUUGACAUCCGCCCCGAUGCUGCCAACGACCCUGUCGACUGUUUUAUUGGUCUCGAGCGCUCGCUUAUACGCAACAUUGCACUCUGUGAAAUCUCCGGGGAUCUUAGGCCCGUGGCUAGCCUAAUUGCAAUAAACACAUUGCCAAACUUGGAGGCGCUGACAAUCUUGGCGUUGGGACCCGAUGUCUCCCGUCCACAUCUCUCAACAAUAGCUCGAGGCGAAGACGGCAGUUUGGCUUCCAAAAGAUCGCGGGAGAUGGGGGUAAUCGAAGUGCAGCUGGCUCCUUGCGAAAUAUAUGAGCUGUCCACAGACAUUGUUCAAACGAACCAUUUCUUCAAUGACGAAAGGCUGGUGCACCCUGUGGCAUUAUCACCCGAAAUACGUCCACUCCAUCGAUACAAGGCUUAUAUUAGAUCUUGGCUGUGGCACGAGAUGCAGCCAAACAACUUGAACAAGACGGCUGAUCAAAUAGAAGAGCUAUGGUGGGAAUAUAUGGAGUACUUGUUUGACGGUGAUGGAGAUGGGGAGUGCCCUUUGAUGUUACACGGUUGCGGUCAUCAAGGACAUACAAGGAAAGAAAUGUUGGAAUGGGAAAGCCCAUUUCUCAUGGGGUAUAAGCUUCUUUAUGCGGAUAAAUGGUUGAAUGAUCUGAAGAGAAUUGGCGUUAUAAUUUGA